AUGUUGCUUGGCUCACAAAACAUAGGAAGCUCUUGUGUAUGCAACAUACUGUAUAAGCUACUGUCAUGUUCCCUUUUCAGCACAGGAUGUGAUGACUAUGGCAAUUCGCCUUUCAAAGUCAUCAUGCCUCUCUCUGAUGAUGAGCCUAUAUGCCCUAAAUUCCAAGCCAACAUCUUCGACCCCUCCCGCUGCCACGACUGCCUGCGUCAGAGGCACCUCCAUCAUGGCACAGACGACAACCCUGAGGUAGCCCCACAGAAGAAAUCAACCACAGACCCUGUCACCGGACCCAAACAUGGAAUGCUCUUAACGCCAAUACCCUCUCAGGCAGAGGAAAGGGAUACUAGCAGUAAGGAGGAUUCGGACCGUUUGUCAGUGGUGAGCAGCUAUUGUGACGUCGCUAGAGUCUGUCCAGGUCAUGUGGAGAGCUCUUUUUGUAUUCUGAGCCCAGACUGCGAGCUCUAUAUCUGUGACGGAGACGACGACAACAGCACUGACAGCUGUUCUGGCCAGAGUGACUACAAGGAGACCAGUGGCUCUGGCAGUGCAGAAGACGAAUACCCACCAUUGAGAAUGACUCGACUUGACCCGCCACCUCACCGACCAAACGCGCGGGCCUGGAUGGAUGAAGCUCACAACAGAGACAGCAGAGAUAGCUUCAGCAGGCGCUCAGGUCGGGGGUUUAAAGAACACACAGAGAAGCGUGAAAGCGGCUACUUCUCUUUGGGAAGGGCUACAGGUGCCCGUGCUACCGGCAAUAAUGGCCCACAAGCACCUUUUCGUCAUUUGGAGAGAGGGCAUCCGGUCUUUAGCAAUAAAAACUUUGAGCCUAAAGAUACCAUUCCCUUCAGAAAUCCUAAUCUUGGUUUGGCCUCUGAGAGGCAGGUACCUGAAGUUCUGGAUGAGGAGUUACCAGUGGAGAUACCUCCUCCUGACCCCUAUGACAUUGCGGUUGAGGUUGAAGCACAGGUUGGUGCUCGUUCACCAAGCCCGACUCCUUUUAAAAUUGCUGAGUCACUGGCCACUGUGGAACGCAAAGGUUUCCUCGGUUCUUAUGGUAGAGGAAAACCUUCUUUCAAUUCUUUCCACCAACAAUUGGGGCGCUUCGAUUCUUCAAGGCACGGCUCAACUCUGCAAUCUCGUUCUUCCUCACCGGCAUGUGAAAACAUUCAAUUAAGGAGAAGAGACUUUCUUUCCCCCACGAGAGGGCAUGCCAUGGAUAGAGUGCAGUCUCAAGGCACAGAUCUAAGACAAAGAGGCUCCCACGAAGGAUCACAGGGGCGACGUUUAGACUCUCGAACUUUGCCCAAAAACUUUAAAUCUCUUGCUGGGUCAGUGAAAACUCAAUCGAGUACAGUAUCAGAUUUUAGGAGUGCCUUACGAAAAGCAGAAACAAGUGGUUCUCCCACUGGUCGGCGUCAUGAAAGCAGGGCUUCAUCUCCCGGAAAAACAGCACUCCGCACAACUGUCAGUUCAUUACAUACACACGAUAGUCAUAAAAACUCUCCAUCUCGUAGAGCUUUUGAGAAUCACUUUGAAAGUCGUGGAUCUUCACCAACAAGAAGAAUUUACAGUUCUUCGGGCCAGUCUGUCCUUCGUAAAUCUGACUCAAUGACAUCACUGGAUGGAAGAAGUCAUCAUGGACGCUGUGGGUCUCCAAUAAGAGAAGGCUAUGACAUUGAAAGUCAGGCCCUCCUACGAAAUGGACUUAAUGGCCAAGAUCAUGAAUACCCUGAGAGCUCCCUCACUACACAUGGUCAUGACACACCGAGUCAACCAAAACAUCACAUGACAGGAUUUAUUAAUGGCAGUAGCAGUCAAGGCCAUUCUGAACGAAGAUCCUAUCAUACCACUGGUCAGUAUCCACUUAGAAAAACAGCCAGCAGUACUUCCUUUAAUGGUCGUGAAAGUCGAAAUUCCUCUCCUUCAAGGAGAAGUUAUGAAGAUCCCAGCAAGUCCGAAGUGAAAAGCCAUAGCUCUUUGCCUUUUAGGCGAAACCACAGUAGCCCACACCAAAAUUCACUUCGUAAAAGUGAAUUUAGCAGUUCUUUCAAGCGAAAUAAUCACAACAGCCGUAAUUCUUCCCCAUCUAGAAAUGCCACCAGUGACUUUCCAGGCUACUCAGUCCUCAGAAAUGCCACCAAUGGAGAGGGUGGCCAUUCAUUUCAGAGAAAAAACCACUACAGCGACUUCAAAUAUGCCACUGAUCGCUCACCACGCUCAUGGCGGGGCUCGACAAAUUCCCUGCGCAGCUCCUCGCUAUCCCGUGCUGCUUCUCCCACCAUUCAGAAUACUAAAGUUAACAGAAAAGCUUCUGGCUCCUUGCAAACUCCUAGAAGUCCUGCUGGUGCUCGAUCUAGGGUUGGAAGAAACGGCCUUGAAGAUCAUCGCUACUCUUCACCUAAUGAUAAAAGACCUCAUCUUGUUCGGAGCCAUUCACCUACAACUCAGUUGAAAACUCAAAGUCAUACCUUAUCACAGAGUUCAAUGGAUUCCUCUGAGUCUGUGGCAUCCACUGGAAGAAACAAGGAGAUAUAUUCCACGAUGGCUGAUCUACCCAAGGUCAAAAUUAUCCAUCAGAGAGAUGACCACGGCUACAUGGAGAGACCUUCGAAUCGCCAGCGUGCCCGGAGACAAGAACUCUUCAAACCAGCCAGCCACUCCCUGAGCAAGCAUCCCUCCAGAGAGUGGGACGACACACGGGAAACGGACAGAGAAUGGUACAAUGGUGGCAGUGGGUAUCUAUCCCGGGCUCACUCCUCUUCCUCAUUGCAGCGAUCUUGCAGUCCCACUGCAGAUGAGGGCAUUUCUUGGAAAGAUCAUAAUCACAGAUUCACACCAAUGCAGAUUGAGUUUGAGCUUUGUCACUUGUGGUGUGCUGGCUGGGGCAUGUGGUGA